AUGUAUUUUGACGAUGCAGCAGAAUUUCAGAAACAUAUUGAAGACGAUCACGUUACAAUGACAGCACUUGACAGCCAAACCUUCCGUUCUCGAAAAUAUAAUGUCGUGAACGUGAAUGCAACCAGUACGUCUGAUGUCAAUAAUACGAAAUGGGUCGUUGAUAAUAUCUUGGUGUCAAAUGUGCUGUUUUCAUUUCGUGAUCAAAUCAUCAGUCGGCAUGUCAAGGGAGAAUCCUUAUCAGAUACAGAUCUCUUAGGGCUGGACUAUAUCUUUCCGUUUUCAAAGAAUAUUAAUGACAGCGUCCCAGGGUUCACAAACUCUCAACACAAGAGUAUCAUUGCCAAUAUUGAGAUCAUGCAAUAUACGCGAACAAUCAACAAAUUCGCAAUUAAAUGGUGUACUAAGUUAUCAGAAAUGGAGUUAUUGUGUUGGAGAUCCGUUAAGCUGGCCACUGUUGAGUGUCUUUCUGAAGCAGCAGCGACAGAGAACGCCGAUGAUUUUCUUGCUGCAGAAAUCAUACAUGCAUUGUCCGCCAGACUGUUGAAUGGAAGUAGUAGGAAACAAAUGCUUGAAGACAGCUUUGCCCACAAAUACCUGGACGCAAUCUUGGAGACUAUCUUCGGCUCCGAUGAAAAUUUCAAACAAGAUUGGGCUAAUGGUACAUUGUUGCCUGGAUCAAAGCGAAAACGGGCAAAUGAAUUAAAAGAAGAAAAUAAUGACGAAGACAACGACAUUAAAGUGGAUAACGACAAUGAUACCAAAAAAGACGAUCUUGUAUAUAAGCCAGACUGGGCUCUUUUUGCCAAAAGUGGCUCGAUGCUUACAGUAAUUGGCACAUUGGAAUUGAAGGUGGCCUAUAAGCGUAAUAUGGGCUAUGUAUCGGAUUAUGUAAAGCUGGCCAAAGAGAUGAAACUGGUAUUACACCGACUGAUUUAUCUUGGUGUGACUCGGCCUGUGGCGUAUGGGAUUUUGGUACAAGGGUCAAAAUUCGAGACUUUUGCUAUGGAUCUGGCCUACGACGGUGUCUAUCGGUUUGUAAAACUAUCUCAAUCCGAUUUAUGCAUAUCCCUUGAACAGCUUCCUCUCUUUCCCAACUUGUUUGGGAAUUUGAUGCAUUUACGAACAUUGGCCUUGGAAGUUGCUAUGGCCGUAAACACAUGCUUAAUUGAUCGGCAAUUAGGAAGACCAGUUGAACAAAAGACACCAUUGUCAUGGUUGCGCGUGAACAGCGCUAAUAUUCUGGUGAAGGCUAAUCAUUUAUCUAAGCAAGAACAUAGUAAUUACUGA